UGCGCCGCGCGACCAUGAAGGUUAGAGUGGCGCUUCCCCCCACGUUCAACUAAAGCGUAAUAAAGGAACUUGGGUCAAAAGAUGUAAACGCAAAUAGAAAGCACACGCAGGGGAAAAGGAGGCACAGCAUGAAGACGCUGGUUUUGGUCGCUUCUCUGCUGGCCUGCGCCGGCUGGUCGGACUGGACCCUUUCGGUCUUUGUUGACGCCCAGAGUUGCGUGGACGAGGGGAGAUUUAAGGAGCAGGUGUUCUCCGUGGGGGGUGGGGCUCCGUAUCAGCUGAGUUGUCCUCUUGAGCCAGCUCUUCUGAAUAGCUCCCCCCAGCUCCAGGUGAGCUGGAUGAAGGACUGCAUUCAGCUGCCCCGGCCUUCCCCCUCUAGCCCUGUCCAGAUCCUGCUCGCUGCGGAGGGGAAGGCCUACUUGGAGUUCUCCAGGCCCGGUUUUAAGGACCAGGGGAACUACACUUGUGUGGUGAGGGAUAACAACACAGCCUCCUACACCGUGCAGCUCUCUGUUAAGGAGUCCCAGUGUUCAGAAGCCCCCGAAUUUAAGCCUAGUGGGGGACCAGCUGAGCUCUGGGCGAAUGUGGGCUCCACUGCAAAACUGAACUGCACUGCUCUCCUUCAGUGGGACCCAAGUGAGAUGCCAUGUGACACCGCCCUGCACUGGAGCAAAAAUGGCAACCCUCUCACCAACCACACCCUUUUCCCACUGAACACAUCUUCAUGGUCCCCUGACACGGGUCAAGUGAUGGUGAGCAGUCUACUGGAGGUCACCCUGAAUGAGCAGGAAGACUUUGGGCUCUACAGUUGCACAGUGAGGAACACCUCUGCUGACUUUGUUCUGCAGAGUGCACACCAGCCCACCCACGUAGCGGCUGUCAUUGCGGCCAUCCUCCUCCUCCUCCUCUUGGCCGUCGUUGCCGUGGUGUACUCUAAGUGUGAACUGAACCUCAGGCUGUGGUACAGGGAUGCUUACGGGGAAUAUGAACUCAACGAUGGAAAACUACACGACGCCUACGUCUCCUAUGUGAACAACGAGUACGACAGGAAAUUUGUCAAUUUUAUUCUCAAACCUCACCUGGAGAAGAUGAAUGGGUACAAGUUGCACCUAAACGACAACGACAUCCUACCUGGCACCGAACCGUCGGCCGAGUUGCUUAUGAACAUGAGCCGCAGCCGACGUCUCAUCGUGGUGUUCUCCCACGCGUACCUGGAGCAGGACUGGUGCUGCAGCAACUUCAGGCGGGGCCUGCUGCACUUGUUGGAGGUGUCUCAGCGCCCAAUCCUCGUCACGCUGGAGGGCCAGCUCAAACGUAUGAGACCGGAGAUCAGGGAUCAGCUCCGCGAGCACCAGCACCGCCUCACCGUGCUCACCUGGAGGCACAACUCUGUGACCCCUUCUUCGGUUUUCUGGAAGGAGCUGGCCUUAGCCAUGCCCCGCAGGGUGGUCUUCCAAACCGAAUCCGUGGGUGAUCCGCAGACCUUGUUGCAAGACGACAAGGACCCCAUGCUUUCGCUCAACCCAGACUACCUGGACUGCUGCUCAGACACCGACCCUGCUGGAGACCUGGGGGUGCGUCUUCCGGUGUACAGAGGCCUUACAUCCAGGGCUCCCGUCCUCCCUGCAGCGCCCGUAACUGAGACUGAACCCAAGUUCACAGACGUCGACGUGUCGGACCUGGGGUCACGCAAUUACGGAGCCCGGACAGAUUUCUACUGUCUGGUCACCGAGGACGAUAUGUGAGCCGUCACCCGACUACAUGCAGAUUAUUUUGUCCCUUUACUUUUCUCCAUACUUACCCACAUGGGGCAAACAUAUAUGUACUUCCCUAUAUGAAGUAAUCAGACGUGGGCCAAACAUAUAGACACGCGUAUGUUUUUCUUUACGAUACAUUUUUCAGUUGAUACAAGUGUUAAAGUUUUCUAUGACCUCCAAAUGUACCAAAGUCUGAUUUUUAAAUGUUCUUUGCACUCUUUCACUCUUGUCAGUUGAUCAUGUAAUCAUGAAAUCUGAUAUGAUAUAAAAUUAUGUUUGAUGUAUUUGUGUCAACCAGGGCACGCACACACACACACACACA